AUGGCCGCGCAUGUUGAAGCGACCACGCCGUCGUACAACCCAGCUGUGUCGCCAACUCAUCGUGAAUCGACUGCUUUGGGGCUGCCCGAACACCCUCCAAGACUAUCGACGUUCUCGCAUCUCGACCUCAAUGACUCCGGCGAAAGCAAGCACACAACUGGAUGCUCAGUCGCGAUGCUCGUGCUGCUUGCGCUUCCUCGAAUGGCUACCAACAUGGCGUGGUCGGCGCAAUGGGCCGCGCUCGGGCCAUACCUCGGCACACUGCUACCCCGGUUUGCAGUGCAGCUCACGCAGUUGAUCGGUCCGCUCUCGGGUAUCCUCGUGGCACCGACAAUCGGCGUUCUGAGUGAUCGCAGCACGUGCAAGUGGGGCCGCCGCCGCCCGUUCUUGAUUUACGGUGCUGUAACGAGUGCGGCAUGCUGGACGUUGAUGGGAUUCACGCGUGAGCUGGGGGAGCUUCUCGGUGACUCGGGAGACCACCGUCCAUGGACCGCGUGGCUCACGAUCCUGUUCUACACGUGGAUGGAUAUCACUGUGAACGUGGUGCAGACGCCAGCGUUCCUCAUCAUCGCCGACUUCGCGGGCGACCGACAGACGCUUGGAGCAAGCAUCGGACAGGCCAGCUCAACACUAGGCUCGAUUUGGGUGGCUGGUUACAUCUACAUCUUCGGUGCGGCUCACCUGACGCUGCGCUGGUUCCUCGGCAUGCUCUCAGUGACGAUGUUGGCUUCGGUGGGGGCAGUCUGCGUGUUUGCCAAGGAGCAGGUCUCAGCGUCGAAGGACAUGGAGCUUGGGCCGGAUGAGGCAGCGACUAGCACCUUGAAGCGCGUGGGCGAAGCGUUCUCCUGCAUCUACAACGGCCUCAAGACGCUGCCUCGGUCACUGGCGGUGUAUUGCCUCGUGCUAUUCUGCAUCCAGUUCGGCUUUACAGCCUACAACGGCAACAAGGGGCAGUUCUUCGGCAUCGAAGUCUUUGGAGGCAACUCGACCGACGCGGAUGUCUGCGAGCAGACUCACUGUACCGAAGACCAAGAACACUACAACGAUGGCGUCCAGAUUGCCGGUGGACUUGCGGACUUGCUGUUCAAUGUGCUCGGCUACCUGUAUUCGUGGGUGCUUCCGGUCCUGGUUCAUCGUCUCGGCGCGCGUUGGGUCGUCACGGUCGCGUGCAUCCCUCAAGCUCUGCUGAUGGUCAUGGCGUUCACGAAGGUUGUGGCUCUGGACGUGCUGAUCGUCGUCCUGACAGCCAUCACCCAGGCUACGAUCUUCGCGCUCAUCGUGCCAAUCAUCAUCCACGUCUUCGGGACUUCAGCUCACGUUGGCAUGUACGUUGGCGCUGUAAACUCAGCCAAUUGUUUCGGUCAGCUGCUGAAUUUCGCGGUGGGAGCUGCGUUGGUGGAGUCUUCGCUGGGCUACGCGCUUCCAGUAUUCGUGGGAGGUGCGCUGUCAUUCCUGGGAGCGAUUGUCAGUCUAGUGGCGCUCCGGAUCAACAUGCACUCGAUGUAA